AUGGUUUCAAAAAAAAAGAUACAGCUUUUGAAAAGCAGAGUAAACAAAGAGACUCAAAAUUUUUCGUCUUUCUGUCAACUGAACGAACUUCUCUCUGAUGAAGAAGAACCAUUUUGUCCUGCUGGGUUGAUAGAUAUAGUGAUUAAACAUCUCGACAGUUUGACUGAUGAACUCACUCCAUAUUUUCCAAAUUUUUCGAAUUUAAGUUGGCGAUAUAUGUUAACAAUUUCUUCAUUUAGUACUAACGUAGACAUAUUUCCAGACAUAAUUCAAGAACAGGCAAUCGAGCUGAAGAACGAUUCAUCCGCAAAAAUUGAUUUCAACAGUAGCUCUAUGGAAGAGUUUUGGGUAAAAUACCAACCCAUUUAUCCUGAAAUUUCAAAUGAAGCUUUAAAAGUCCUUGUAAAAUUUUUAUCUACUUAUUUAUGCGAGUUUUGA